UGCUUCGGUUGAAGUUCGUUGUGAACUUUUCCUCAACAGAUUUUAAGAAUGCGCCUAUUUAAAACGCGCAAAUCCAUAGACACAUUCAGUUCUGCCACAGCAUCACAGCACAGUGCGUCCGCCACAGCCAACGAAACCUAUACACAACACUCGCCCAUCGCAUCAUGUGCUUCGAAGUUGACAAAAACGAUCAGUGGCUCGUCAUCGAUAUCGUCGUCAUUGCCGGAUUUACACGAUAAUUCACCCGUUAUGAUUUUAAGUUGCACCAAUUUGAGUAGAAGUGGCAUAACGGCCCAGCCGUCCAACAGCAGCAAUAAUGCCAACAGCAGUAACAUAAAUGUUCACAAUACCGCACCCUCGUCGACAACAAGUACCGCACCGCCAACACCCAAAAGUAAUGAAUCGUUUCAGAACAUUUCCCCACAACAAUGUUCGACACCGGGUCUGUCCUAUCAACACCUGCAGAGUGGUCGGCAGACACCAUCCGCCCUAUCGGUGGCCUCUUUAAAUGAUGCCGUUCUCCAACGUCCCGCCAGUGUACAUUUGUUUGGUCACAAAGCCAAUUCAUUGUUUUUGAAUUAUGGUGGUAGUAGUUCAAACAUUGAUCAUGGACAAACUCACAAUUCCAGUGGGGGAGGUGGAGGACAAUAUCAAAAAUAUAGUAACUCCCAUAGUUCGAGAGGUGUCUUGGGCCAGCUACAAAAGAAUUCUUCUUCGAGCAGUAGUUGUAUAUAUGAAAAGGCAAAUGGUGUUUCACACAGCAGACAAAAUGGUGGAGGUUCGGCGUCAUCCAUCAUGCAGAAUGGUAUGCACAAUAAGGAUUCGGGAUCGUUUAUGGGAUCAAAUGUUCAAUUACCCGAUUAUAAAUUGGUUACGGCCGUACCAGUCGUAGUCUUGGAUGAUGAACAUAAAACAGCAACAGCAGCAUCAACGUCAACAUCAUCGUCUUUGCCCCCCACAGCAACCACAACAACAUCUGCUAGCAAUAAUACAAUCAUGGGUGGCGGAGGUGUCAGCUUAAGUCAAACAGCAACAUCCAGCGCCAGAAAUGUCUUCACCUGGGGCAAGCGGAUGAGUCGAAAAUUGGAUAUCCUAAAACGAAAUGAUGCAAAUACCCAUAAAUCUCACACCGAUAUUCGAAGUCUCUUCAAUUCCCCCGUACAUACUGCAAAUACGAAUAACAGCAGCAACAAUUCUGCAACAUCUCAAACUAAAGACCCGUAUCAAGUUAGCACUUUGAAGAAAUGUAAAUCGGGUCCGAUUGAAACCAUUAAAAAGCAAGAACAACAGCAGCAUCAGAACCACCAACAACAACAAAGAAACCAAAGUAUCAAGCCCUUGAAAGCUUGUGAAAAUGAAUCUACACAAUCGGCAUCAAGCACACCCACACACAGCAGCCAAGCUAGGCCACAAAAAGCUAUAAAGAACUUUUUCCAUCGCAUCGGUUCAACGGGUAUGUUGAAUCACAAAUCGCAUAAUCUCAUUAAGGCAGCUGAACCAAAUCAUCACAGUUCCAGUACUUCGUUAUAUCGCAGUAGUUCAACAAGUCAAUUGAACUCCUGUUCCUAUGUGAAAUGUGAUGAUCCCAGUGAUGGUCUGAAUUUGGCAAAUGGCCAGAAGCGACAAUCGAUGAGUGGUCUACCAAAUAACCUUGGUGGUGGAGGUAAACAGGCCACUGGCAAUGGUAGCAUGGCUGGGUCGGGUAUUAAAUCCAGCAGUUGCGAUGAUAUUGCCAAAGUGGGCCAACUAAUCACUUCACCUUCAAGUUCGAAUGAUGCCAGCUCGGCCACAUCUCCACAAAAUCCCUCAGAUGCCAAUCAAAGACGUGGUGCAUUCCCAUAUGCUUUCCUGCGCUCACGUCUCUCCGUGCUGCCGGAGGAAAAUAAUGGUUCAGUUCUGAAGCAACCCUCCCUAUCAAGUUUGCACCAGUUGGGCGAAUUGACACAAGGAGGACAAUCUUCUCAUCAACAAUUUUUACAAGUCCAUCCAUCCUCCAGCUCCUCACCUCUGCCUAAACAUCGUAAUUCCACAAUUUUACCCGCCACCGAAACUGAAUUCUCACAAAUGAUCGAUACCAUCUCCGUUGCUAGUUCCACGCCAAAUCAUGGUGCUGCCAAAAUCACAAUUUAUCGCAAUGAUUCGCUAAGUAAGCGUUAUUCCUCCGAUGAUAGUGCAAUUAGCAAUUGUUCACCGGUUCUGCAGGGCAGUGGUAGUUCACAGAAUUCCACCAUCGGCAGCAAUGGCAGUGGUGAUGUUUCACGCAACAACAGCAUUACUUCCAAGGACUGGGAACCACUUUACCAAAGAUUAAGUAGUUGUCUAAGUUCAAAUGAAUCGGGUUAUGAUAGUGAUGGUGGUAAUAAUACCAGCCGUCUAAGCAAUAGUCUGGGUAUCUCCAGCCUGGGAGAUACAGAAUCUAUUGCAUCGGGAACGUUAAAAAGAAAUUCCCUUAUAUCGCUUGCAUCUUCGGAAGGUUUGGGUGUUGGGGGAGGAGGUGGUGGAAAUAAUACUCUACGUUCAAGCAGUAUUUGCAGUACCAUCAGUGGUCCGGUUUCAUUGGGUGGUUACAAUUAUGAUUAUGAAACGGAAACAAUACGCCGCCGUUUUAGGCAAGUUAAAUUGGAGCGUAAAUGCCAGGAGGAUUAUAUUGGUGUGGUGCUAUCCCCGAAAACGGUGCAGACGUCGACGAAUGACCAGCAGUAUCGUUAUUUAAUUGUGGAAAUUGAUCCCUAUGGAAUGGCCCAAAAAGAUGGCCGCCUGCGACUCGGUGAUGAAAUUGUCAAUGUAAAUGGCAGCCAUUUGCGAGGCAUACAAUCUUUCCAGGAAGUCCAAAGGCUACUCAACUGUUUCGUUGAUAAUUGUAUUGAUUUGGUUAUAGCUCAUGACGAGGUGACGACAAUUACCGAUUUUUAUACCAAAAUUAAAAUUGACGGUAGCCUGAGUCAGGAUCUUUACAGUUCCAUGCAAUCGCUGAAUGCUGCUGAUACGGGACCACAACCUCCACAGACACGUAACGACUAUUUGGCAAGGGCCCGCAAACGCCUUAGCUAUACACAGAGGACACAAAGUACCGACAGUAUCAAUAGUUAUGAUUUACAUAGUUUACAAAUGGCUUUGGAUCAUGAGCGGGAUGAGGAGGACACUGCCUCGCUGGCCAGUACCUCCACAAUUAGUUCGCGAAUGGAUAUGACAUCAGCAUCGGGUAUGGCAAGUAUGCCACCAUCAAUGCCGUUGAUGCAACAUCGACGUUGCUCGACGCCCAGACACUCCAUGGACGCCACAGCCAUGGAACAUUUGCGGCGACGGGCUCGAUCCUCUUCAGGUCAGCGUAAUUUGGAAUUAUCGCCAUUGCUUUACAAUAACAAUCAAACACCGGAAUACACACCUGUCUAUAACAAUCGUUCGGCGAGUGUGUCUUUGGCAACGCAUACGAUAAGCGAUGAUGAGAAAUGGCAGCUAUUGAAUCGUAAACGUUGUUCCGAGGGUGCGGCGUUGUUGACACCCCUCUCCAAAGAGGGUCAUGCGGCAGGUAAUCGUAGUGCUUCCUUGAGUAUAGAAACCCGCAAAGCUAGUCUUGUAAGUCAGAACAGUGUGGAGGGCAGUGUGACGCCUCAGACCCCCUCAAGUGCAGCGGGAGGAUUUCCACCACGUUCACAUUAUACGCGCAAUUCAAUAAAUCUCUCAAAUUCGCAUUAUCGUUCGUUGCGUUUUGCACACUCCCGUUUGAGUUCGUCGCGUCUAAGUUUAUUCCUACAACCUAAUACAUCUUCCUCGACAACAAAACAACAAUCUGGGAAUCAUAUGUCCCCAGAUUCCAAUCAUGAUCUCAGUAAUACCAACAAAUCCGCCCAACAACAACAGCAGGAUAAACAAAAAACAAAUUGCACAGCUUCUGCUACCUUAAAUUUUAAUCAAUUAACCAAACAUCAGCACCACCAACAUCCACAACAACAACAAUCACACCAGCAUCAUUUAAAUGUCUCCUCUUUAGUUGGUCAUAGAUCAGCAUCAUCAUCAACAUCUUCUACUUCUUCCUCCUCUUCAUCAUAUUUAACACCAACGGCAGCCAUGUUACAACAUCAUCGGCCCUCGUUGCCAGUAGUUAAACUAACCAUAAAGGAUGAAGAAAUGGCCGAAGUUAUUAGAGCUUCGAUGAGUGAGGGUUCUCGUCGAGGCACACCCAAAAUUGUAACAUUCUUCAAGGGUCCCGGUCUCAAAUCGUUGGGCUUCAGCAUUGUUGGCGGCCGUGAUUCGCCCAAGGGCAAUAUGGGCAUAUUUGUAAAGACAGUAUUUCCCAGUGGACAAGCAGCCGAUGAUGGUUCAUUGCAAGCGGGCGAUGAAAUCGUUGAAAUUAAUGGCACUUCGGUGCAGGGUAUGAGUCAUGCCGAAACCAUUGCAUUAUUUAAAAAUGUGCGCGAAGGAGCAAUUGUCUUGAAAGUUUUAAGGAGAAAAUUACAAAAGGCUAAAUCCAUGGGAGCUUGAUAUUUUUAAGAAUUAUUUCUAAUUUUAGUUUUA